UCAGUUAACAACUAGCUUAAUAAGAAAUAUCUUUGCAGGUGAGAAGAUUCCUCGGAGAAAAUAAAGGAUCAGGCUUUAAAGCCAGAAUGAGGGAGUGUUUCCUCCAGACUCUGCUGCUGCUUCUCUCAUGCUGCACCUCGGCUGCAGCGAAUGUCCACAACAACUUCCUCUACCACGACAUCCUCGGUCAAAAUGGCAAGAAACAAAGUAUGCACAUAAUCGUUUAUUCCAGUGGUGUGAAGCUCCAUGUGGACAAUGGUCAGCCGUCUGUGUUUGGCGUCAGAGGGGGAAAUGUCACACUUCCAUGCAGGUUUUGGUACGAGCCCAAGCUGAGCUCGCCAAGAGAGGUCCGGGUUAAGUGGUCUUGGCUGCCUGCUGCUGCUGGAGGCCGUGAGGAGGACGUGCUGGUGGCUUUUGGCUCUCAGAGUCGAAGCUUUGGAGUCUUCAGGCGUCGCACAGAGCUCAGACAGGAGUUCCUAGGAGAUGCUGCUCUCGUGAUGACUGACCUUCAGCUGAGAGAUACAGGUCAGUAUCGAUGUGAGGUGGUGGAUGGACUAGAAGACGAGAGGGCAACAGUUCAUCUGGAGUUACAAGGUGUAAUAUUUCCCUACCAGCACCCUCGUGGUCGUUACCUUCUGAGCUUCCUGGAAGCCCAGAGGGCCUGUGAGGAGCAGGACUCCACACUGGCCUCUUUCACACAGCUCUUCCAGUCUUGGAAAGAGGGUCUUAACUGGUGCAGUGCAGGCUGGCUGGCAGACGCGACGGUCCGGUACCCCAUCACAUGGCCCAGAGUGCCCUGUGGUGGGCAAGGCCUCGCACCAGGGGUCCGAAGCUAUGGCAGGCGGCGCCUGAACUUUCAUCGCUAUGAUGCCUUCUGCUUCACCUCUUCACUGCGAGGGAAGGUCUACUAUCUCCAGGCUCCUCACAAGAUGAACCUGACUGACGCUCAGAAGGCCUGUCAGCAGGACGGAGCAGAGAUCGCCAAGGUCGGGCAGCUCUACGCCGCCUGGAAGUUGGGAGGUCUGGACCGCUGUGAUGCUGGCUGGCUGGCUGAUGGGAGCCUGCGGUAUCCCAUCACAAGGCCGCGCCAAAACUGUGGUCCAGCCGAGCCGGGUGUGCGCAGCUUGGGCUUCCCGCUCCCUAAACACAUGCACGGGGUCUACUGCUACGAGUCAGAUGAUGAAUGAGCACAUAAAAGGAAACACUCUGCUUUAAAUAAACCUGUAAUCAACCUGCACCUAAAUGACUGCUGGAGUCGCAGAGAACUCCACAAGGUCACGUGACUAUCGUGAUGGGUUAGCAAACAAAGACGUGCUUUUAAUACACAAAAUACUACAUAUAUUUACCUGGACACUCUUCUAACACACUGCCUAGCCA